AUGUCUUCAGCUUCCGACUCCUACGACUCCUACCAGACCGUCACCGACCAGACGGACAGUGACGAUGAUCCUAACAGUUGGGGCCAGAAGCCGCGGAGGCAACGUUGCAGGUGCCCACCCUUCUGUACUGCCAGUCGCAUCUGCCACGCGUGCUAUAUUUGCCAGCUUAUCCUGUAUUUGCUCGUCUUCCCGCUGUGGACGAAGUGGCUGGUAACCAGUCCGAUGCCAACUCGGUAUUGGCACCAGGGCUUCCCUGACUGGCCCGUGAUUCCCACAACGAGCGGACGGUCCAUCGCUCUGGAAGCCCAAACGAGGGCCAUUGACAUGACGCCUCUACCAAUGGACUCGCGCAGUUGCAACUACUCGUGUUACUCGUCGAGUGCUGGCGCCGGCGACACCGCUUCGGUGGGCUUCGAGGUUGGUCUCACGCUGAACGACCCUGUGUUGAUCAAGAAGAAGGUCUAUGCGGUUUAUCCGGUUCUUCUUGCAUCCGAGAACUUUCACGACUGGUGGGUGGCUGCAGACAAGAGACACGCACACCCAACUCCAUUCUGGAGAUCACGGACAGCUGCACAGUCGGGCGUGUAUACAUACGUGUCCGAAGCAUGCACCAAGCCGCCAGAGAAACGAACAGACGUGUCGGAGGUUCUGGGUGGGGUCUACAUCCUUGCAUGCGUCACCUGGAGUCCCGACAACUUCAAGAAGCUCUCGUCCGCCACGACAUUGACCAUGGAUGAAAUUGGCGCCCUCUGCAGCUCCGCGGGUGGCGUGUGCGGAUGGAGCUGUGGGGCAGAGGUGCCCUCCGACCGACUCCCUGGCUGCGUGGACCACCGCAUUUCCAUGACGUCCAACAGUGUUGCGGGGCUCGCUGUCGAUGGAGCCAGCUUCGGGGGGAAAGUCGAGAUCCAGGAGUGCUCCGAAGGAAAGCAUAGUCAUGGCUCGUGCAUGACCACGCCGAACAACUUCCAGCACUGGCAGUGUCAAGAGUGUCGCUAUGACCCCAAUGCCGUUGGAAGUGACAUGGACAUGGGCUUGGAUGAUACCGCUGAGCGUGAGCGCAUCUACACGUCGCUGCCGCGCUUCAAAGUGCUGCUGACAGACGUGGAGUCUCCAGAGGGCGACGUUUUUAACCAGCCGCGGAUUUUCCUCUUGAGCUCCACCGUCAAGCAGACCGGCAUCUGGAAGAAGCUGUACAUGCCGGAUACGGGCAAGUACAACCUACCCGUUCCAGUAUCAGCGCCCACACUGUCGCCGGAUGAUGUGGACGGUGAGGAGGGCUCCACUGUGACCGAGGCCUACACGAAGCAGGCCAUGGUCUUGAUGGAGCCCAGCCGGCUGAACAUCGAGCCGGGUUGGUGCUUCGGACAGCAAGGACCCCUGUACCUGGUGGCCUGUGCUGUGAAUGCAAGCCUCUACGAAGACCCGAACUUCGAGAACUUCACGCCAGGCCAGCGAGUGGCUCCCCCGCCCUUCAACGACCGCUGCGUGGCCGUGUCCGGGCGCUGCGGCGGCGCGUGCCAGUCCUGGAACACGGAGCUGCUCACGAGUUGCACUGACGACGGCUACAUCUUGCAGUCUGCGCUGGUGGAGCACAUCCCUCCGCAGAAGAACGAGGAGAUGGCAGUUUGGGUUUUUGCCUUCCUGCUGUU